AUAAUGACGCUCGCUCUUCGUUUCACACCACUGACUAGACGGUCAACUCUAAACGUCAAUGCUCUGCGACGCAUCCCGUUCGGGCGAUAUUAUUCCAAUGCAGCUUCAAGUAUGGAUGGCACGCUACCAUUAGCCGGUAUUCGUGUACUGGAUAUGACUCGAGUAUUGGCAGGCCCAUACUGUACUCAAAUCCUGGGAGAUCUAGGAGCAGAUGUUAUUAAAGUCGAGCACCCAGUGCGGGGUGAUGACACCCGUGCCUGGGGCCCACCCUACGCGAAAUAUGAGGAUGAGACUAGAGAAGGCCCUGGCGAGAGCGCUUACUAUUUAGCUGUCAAUCGAAACAAAAAGUCCCUUGGAUUAUCGUUCCAACACAAGUCUGGCGUUGAGAUUCUUCACAAACUCGCCAAGGAAUGUGACGUCUUAGUUGAGAACUAUCUCCCAGGAGCUCUCGCCAAAUAUGGCAUGGAUUAUGAGACGCUCCACAAGAUCAACCCCAAGUUGAUCUACGCCAGUAUCACAGGCUAUGGUCAAACGGGACCAUACAGCAACCGUGCUGGCUACGAUGUCAUGGUUGAAGCAGAGAUGGGCCUUAUGCACAUUACCGGAGCGCGGGAUGGGGCUCCUGUUAAGGUUGGAGUUGCAGUGACCGACUUGACGACAGGCUUAUAUACUUCCAAUGCCAUCAUGGCGGCUUUGCUUGCACGAGCCCGUACAGGCAAGGGUCAGCAUAUUGAUGCUUGCUUGAGUGAUUGUCAAGUUGCCACCUUGUCAAAUCUGGCUAGCUCUGCGUUGAUUAGUGGUAAGAAGGAUUCUGGUCGCUGGGGUACAGCACACCCGUCAAUUGUACCAUAUCGAAGCUACAAGACCCUCGACGGAGACAUCCUUUUUGGUGGUGGGAAUGACAGACUAUUUGGCGUUCUUUGCGAUAGACUCGGAUUUCCAGAGUGGAAGGCCGAUGUACGCUUUCUUACAAACAGCGACCGCGUGAAACAUCGGGCGGAUAUCGAUAGCAUGAUUGAAGAUAUUACUCAGACAAAGACCACGCAGGAAUGGCUAGAGAUCUUCGAGGGCAGCGGAAUGCCCUACGCAGCCGUGAAUGACAUUCAAGGAACCCUGAAUCACAAACAUGUGUUGGCACGAAACAUGGUCACUGAAGUCGAACACCCAGCCUGUGGCCCUAUCAAGUUGGUCAAUACUCCAAUCAAGUACUCAGAUGCAACACCGGGUAUCCGAUCACCUCCACCUACCCUCGGUCAACAUACAAAUGAGAUUUUGGGUCGUAUUCUAGACUAUGAAGAAGCUGAUAUCGCUCGACUGAAGGAAGAGGGUGUGAUCUCAUGA